AUGUCUGCACCCCGAGAAGACCUCAAUUCCUUACUGAAUACGAACUCUGCUCAACAGAGUCCUAAUCUGAGGCCGACUACUAUAAGUAUUCCGAAGCAAAGUUCGCCAUGGUUACAAGUAUCUACACCAAGCGAACCACACACACCUUCUGUCAUCAAACACGGAAAUCCGAUGCCCGUUCGAUCAAGAUCUACAGUCAAUCUUCACGAUACCAAAGAUAUUAUAUCUUCUGCUGCACCUUUUCCAUCAAUUCCAUCGAAACAAGAAGUUCAAAACUUUAAGAGCGAAACUGAUGCCGAAAUCAGUCGCCUUAAAGCAGAACUUGCAUCUUUAGAAUACGAAAGGAAGUCUUUCAAUCACACAGCUCGAGCUUUAACUCCAAAUACAGCCACAAACGGAAUUCAUGAAUAUCGCGGCUUGAUCAUGAUUGAAUCCUCCAUAGAAUCGAUUAUACAAGAUAACCAGCGCAAAGCAAAAGAAGCUCAAAAUCUUGCACUUGUAAAUCCGUCACCAAUGCCUACAGACUCAAAUCAUACGCUCCCAACUUACAGACAUAUUGUUGACUAUCCACAAUACAAGUCAACAAUCAAAACAAACUCUGAUUUGAUAGUUCCUAUGUUUGGAAUCAGAUACGGCGAGAAUGUAGUUCUCCAUGACAAGGAAGAUGAAUUGGCAACUAAAUACAAUGAGCUUAACGGUCCAUGGAAGGAAAGACAAGCAAUUAUCGACGAAUACAAUAAUAGAACAGGAGAUAAGUCAGAAAACUGGCCAUCCGAGUUCUAUUUUGAAAGACCAGAGCUUGAUGAAGUUUCUCGCCUCAAAUGGGCAGCAGAUGAUAUACCACAGUUACUUUCUCCAGAAGAAAAGAUGGAAAGAUCAUAUAUCAAUACGAACGCUCUUGUUACAGAGCCAAUUGCCAAAUUUAACGAGUACCGUAAUCGUUUGGCAUGGACUGAAGAAGAAAAACAAAUUUUUGUAGAAAAAUAUCGUCAAUACUCAAAAGAUUUUGCAAAAAUCGCAGAUGCAUUACCAGAAAAGGAUGUUAAACAAGUUAUCGAGUUCUAUUACCUCAACAGAUACAAAUUACAUCUGAAAGAGAACGAAGGCGCUGCCAAACGCCGUGGUGGUAACAAGAAAGUUAUCACAGAAGGUUCAAAAAAGAAAUACUAA